AUGAACUCUCUUGCAAAGACCUCUUUGUUCAGUGUUCUACUUCUGUUUGGAGUGUUACCUUUCUCCUCAAAUGCACAACUCGAUCCAUCCUUUUACAAAACCACUUGUCCAAAUGUUAGUUCCAUUGUUCGUCAAGUCAUAAGAGAUGUUUCCAAGACAGAUACUCGUAUGCUUGCUAGUCUCGUCAGGCUUCACUUCCAUGACUGCUUUGUUCAAGGUUGUGAUGCAUCAGUUUUGUUGAACACAACUGAUACCAUUGUCACAGAACAGGAUGCUUUUCCAAAUCUUAACUCUUUAAGAGGUUUAGAUGUUGUCAACAAAAUCAAAACCGCUGUAGAAAGUGUUUGUCCCAACACUGUUUCUUGCGCUGAUAUUCUUGCCCUUGCAGCUGAAUUAUCAUCUACCCUGGCUCAAGGUCCCGAUUGGAAAGUUCCAUUAGGAAGAAGAGAUAGUUUAACAGCGAAUCAAUCACUUGCUAAUGAAAACCUUCCAUCUCCAUUCAGCUCAUUAGAUCAACUUAAAGCAGCAUUUGCCAAACAUGGCCUUAAUACUACUGAUCUAGUUGCUCUUUCUGGUGCUCAUACCUUUGGAAGAGCUCGUUGCUUUUUAUUUGAUAGCAGAUUAUACAACUUCAGCAAUACUGGAAGUCCUGAUCCAACUCUUAACACAACUUACUUACAAGAAUUGCGCAAUAUAUGUCCCAAUGGUGGAUCGGGGACAAACCUCGCUAACUUUGAUCCAACGACUGCGGAUAAAUUUGAUAAGAACUAUUACUCUAAUCUGCAAGGUAAAAAGGGUUUGCUUCAAAGUGAUCAAGAGUUGUUCUCAACAUCUGGUGCAGAUACUAUUAGCAUUGUCAACAAGUUCAGUGCUGAUCAAAAAGCUUUUUUUGAGAGCUUUAAGGCUGCAAUGAUUAAGAUGGGUAAUAUUGGUGUGUUGACUGGGAAACAAGGAGAGAUUAGAAAACAGUGCAACUUUGUUAAUUCAAAAUCAGCAGAACUUGGUCUUAUCAAUGUGGCUUCUACAGAUUCAUCAGAGGAGGGUAUGGUUAGCUCAAUGUAA